AUGGUAGCCAAUGCCGAACGUCAACAUCAAGCUUUUGAUGACUCUACACCAGUUUUGAUGGAUGAAAAGAUGCAAAUGGAUGCCGCAGCGACUGGACAAAAGGAUAACUCGAAAAAGGCUUAUUUCCGUGAAUUUCGCAAAGUGCUUGAAAAUGCUGAUGUUGUAUUGGAAAUCUUGGAUGCUCGUGAUCCUUUAGGAACAAGAACAAAACAUGUGGAAAGAAUGAUCAUGGAUAGUGGAUUGGAUAAGAAAGUGAUUUUGGUAUUGAACAAAAUAGAUCUUGUACCUAAAGAAAAUGUGGAAGCAUGGUUAAAAUACCUUCGAAAUGAAUAUCCAGCCAUUGCAUUUAAAGCAUCGACACAAAAUCAACGUAGCAAUUUAGGACAAUCAUCAGUAUCCACAGGAACUGCCACGGAAAACUUGUUGAAUUCAUCAGAAUGUAUUGGUGCAGAUACCUUGGUCAAACUACUCAAGAAUUACUCACGUAACAUCAACAUCAAAACAUCGAUCACGGUUGGGAUCAUUGGCUAUCCAAAUGUAGGCAAGUCAUCCGUCAUCAACUCUUUAAAACGAUCCAAAGUAUGUGGUGUAGGUUCUACUCCUGGAUUUACCAAAGUGGCACAACAAAUUACAUUGGAUAAAAAUAUCAAGUUAUUAGAUUGUCCUGGGAUUGUAUUUGCUCAACAAGGACAAGAUGGUCAGACGGAUGCUGAAAUUGCAUUGCGGAAUUGUAUCAAGGUGGAACUAUUGGAAGAUCCUGUGACGCCGGUGGAGGUGAUUGUUAGUCGAUGUACAACAGCUAGUUUAAUGGCUCUUUACAAUAUUGGUUAUUUCAACAAUGCUCAUGAAUUCCUGGUCCUUUUGGCUCAACAACGUGGGAAACUUUUAAAAGGUGGUGUGGCCGAUAUACAUCAAAUAGCUCGACAUGUGUUGAAUGAUUGGAACAGUGGCAAAAUCCCCUUCUUUACCGUACCUCCCUCUUCCAAACAAAGUCAUAUUGAAGCCUCCGUGGUAUCGAAUUGGAGUGAAGCUUGGAAUCCUAAUAAUAUGCUUGUAGAUGAUCAAAUGAUAGAAUAG